AUGGCGAUUCCACUCCUCAGAACUCCGAUUCACCAGUCAAACCCUCUGCGCUGCCGCUGCUUGCUUCCUAAUCCGAACUCAUGCACUGCAACUGGAUAUUCAACUCCGAAGAAGAAGAAUAAGCAGUUACUGGUUCCUGUUGCUGCUUCUUCAUCGGACCUCAAUUCCCUCCGUACUGACGCCGGCCGCCGGACCUGCGACGUUGGAAACAAUACCAGUAUCAGUAGCUUGGAGCCAAUACUUGCCAUCGGAGAUCCUCCAACUUUCGUCUCUGCGCCUGGCCGUCGAAUAGUCGCCGUGGGGGAUCUACAUGGAGACCUCGAUCAAACGAGAUGCGCCCUUCAGAUUGCCGGAGUGCUUAGUUCCGAUUGCAGCCGGGAUUCGUGGAUUGGUGGUGAAACGGUGUUGGUUCAGCUUGGGGAUGUACUAGAUAGAGGUCAAGAUGAGAUCGCGAUAUUAUCCCUAUUACGCUCGCUCGAUGUGCAAGCUAGGGCACAAGGUGGAGCUGUUUUCCAGAUCAAUGGCAAUCACGAGACAAUGAAUGUGGAAGGAGAUUUUAGAUAUGUGGACUCCGGGGCAUACGAUGAGUGUCUCGAUUUCCUGACAUACUUGGAUGACGGAUUCAAAGACGAUUGGGAUGAAGGUUUUAUCGGCUGGGUUCGUGCAUCUGAGAAGAGGAGACAAGAGCAGAAAGCGUCAGCUGGCAGUCAUUGGGGUCAAUGGAAUUUACUCAAGAGACAGAAGGGGGUUGUUGCUAGAUCGAUCCUGCUGAGGCCUGGCGGACCGCUAGCAUGUGAACUUGCAAAGCAUGGCGUAUUGUUGAAGAUCAAUGAUUGGGUCUUCUGUCAUGGAGGCAUUCUUCCUCAUCAUGUCGCAUAUGGGGUGGAGAGAAUGAACCGGGAAGUGUCCCAAUGGAUGAGAGGCGUUAGCUAUGAUGAAGAUGAUCCGUCCAUCCCAAGCAUGCCUUUCGUUGCUACUCGAGGCUACGAUAGUGUGGUUUGGAAUCGCUUGUACUCGCGUGAUCCCUCCGCUGUAGAUGGCUAUCAGAUGAGCCAGGUACAGAUGAUUCUCGAGGACACUUUGCGAUCACUUGGUGCAAAGGGAAUUGUUGUAGGGCACACCCCUCAAACUGCUGGAGCAAACUGUGAAUAUAAUGGGAGCGUGUGGCGUGUCGAUGUCGGUAUGUCGAAAGGAGUUUUCAAUUCGAGUCCAGAGGUGCUUGAAAUAAAAGAGAGCGAGACGAGGGUUUUAAGGUACAGAAAGGACAGUGUUUGUGAUGUUGAAGUUGCUGGUUACUUGUAA